AAUUACAAUCGAGUGUUAGUUUUGUUUUGAUGACCUUACAUAUAAAACGGAUUAGAAACCCCGCAAAUGCGUUCAGUUCGUGAUCAUCUUCGAUUCUAAAAUAUUUGCACCAUUUUCAUUUCAUUUCUCUUUUCGUCGCCUUAUUAUUAAUUUGCAACAUGCCGAUAGCUGCGGAUAUCACUUUAAACUCUAUAUUAGAUUCGGAUAAGCCGAAUAUAAUCGAGUCUAAGAGUCGUUUUCUGCUCGAUCUAUGCGGGUUCGAAAGUGCGCCGAGUAAAAUGCAGCAUGAUAAGUUUUUUCGCGAAUGCGUAGAUAUUGUGCUGGAAGAGGCCGUUUUCAAAGGCAACGAUAGGAAGAAUCGCGUCACCACAUGGAAAUCGCCGGAGGAUUUGCAGAAAGUAAUCGAUUUUACGUUAAGAAAUGCACCGUCUACGCACGAAAUAUUACUACAGUUUAUCAGAAAUGUCAUCAAAUACAGCGUCAAAACCGGACACCCUUACUUUAUGAAUCAGUUAUUUUCCAGCGUCGACCCAUACGGAUUAGUUGGCCAAUGGUUAGUGGACGCGUUGAAUUGCAGCGUUUACACAUUCGAAGUAGCUCCUGUAUUCACACUGAUGGAAGAAUACGUCUUGGACAAAAUUAGAAAUUUGAUCGGCUUCGACGAAGGAGACGGUAUUUUCAGUCCUGGUGGUUCUAUCGCCAACGGCUACGCCAUCAAUUGCGCUCGUUUUUAUAAGUUUCCGGAAAUUAAAGAGAAUGGACUGCAUGGUUUACCACGUUUGGUUCUUUUCACAUCAAACGAUGCUCAUUAUUCGAUAAAGAAAUUAGCCGCAUUCGAGGGUCUUGGAAGUAAUAAUGUGUAUUUGAUCAAAACAGACAGUAAAGGGAAAAUGGACCCUGAAGAUUUAGAGAAAAGAAUAAAAGAAGCGAUCGCUGAGAAUGCAGUACCAUUCAUGGUGUCAGCAACAUCGGGCACAACCGUUCUAGGAGCUUACGACCCUUUAUCAGAGAUCGCUGAUUUAUGCGAUAAAUAUAAAAUUUGGUUACACGUCGAUGGUGCAUGGGGAGGAGCUGUUAUGUUCUCAGCACGUCACAGACACCUAAUAAAAGGCAUCGAAAGAGCCGAUUCAGUCACAUUCAAUCCACACAAGAUGUUAACAGCACCUCAACAGUGCUCAACUUUCAUAACCAAACACAAGGACAUUUUAAACUCUUGCCAUUCGUGCAGUGCUCAGUAUCUAUUUCAGAAAGAUAAAUUCUACGACACACGUUACGAUACUGGAGAUAAACACAUACAAUGUGGCCGACGUGCUGACGUGAUGAAAUUUUGGCUAAUGUGGAAAGCAAAGGGUUCGAGUGGUUUUGAAAAUCAUAUUAACCGUGUAUUUGACCUUUCGCAAUAUUUCAUCAAACAAAUUCAAAAUAGACCAGACUUUCAAUUGGUGUUAAAUGAGCCUGAAUGUACUAAUAUUUGUUUUUGGUAUAUACCAAAAAGUUUACAAAACCAGGAGAACACUUCAGACUAUAGAACUAGAUUACAUGCGGUGGCUGCGAAAAUUAAAGAAAAAAUGAUGAUCGAAGGAACCAUGAUGAUCACGUACCAACCUCUAAAUGAUUUACCUAAUUUUUUCCGUUUAGUAAUACAAAAUUCGUCGUUGAAUUAUAACGAUAUGGAUCAUAUUAUAAGCGAGUUUGAAAGAUUAGGAAAAGAUCUAUGAGUUUGCAUUUAAUCUCGAGAGUGAGUUUCUCUUAUUGUUGCUUGUAUUUUUAAUGAGCAUCUAUUAAGCAUAAGUACUUUUGUAUUUUUUUUUCUCCUGUUGUAGUUUUAUAAUAAAUUAAAAUAAAGAUGAAA